AUGGAUAGACUGGUUAAUGAGCGAAGCAUGCAUCUCCUCCCAGCAUCGUCACGAGACGCAUCAACAACCCUCUUCGCUCCUAAUCCGAAUACGUCCCUUGUCUCAGACCCUAUUCUCAUUGAAAAGGUCACAUCAUGGGUUAAAGAGUACAUGACUCACUAUGACAGCUCCCACGAUUUUGACCACGUCCAACGCGUCCUAGGUCUCGCCCGCCUCAUUGCUUCCGUUCCACCGGUCGUUUCCUCCUUCCCGUCAUCUCCGCCGCACUACAACCCCCUAGUCAUCACGCUCUCCGCGCUCCUGCACGAUGUCGGUGAUAAGAAGUACCUCAAACCCGGCGAAAACCCUGAUACCAUGGUCUACGAGCUACUCGUGUCCCUCGGAGCACCCCAUCGUCUAGCAGAGAUGAUUCAAACGGUCGUCAGCAACGUGUCGUUUUCGACGGAAACCAAGUCACCAGAGAGCCGAGACAAAGUGCAGAGGUUGGUGCACGAGAUCCCGGAGCUGGGCGUGGUGCAGGAUGCAGAUCGCCUGGAUGCGAUUGGCGCCGUGGGUAUUGGGCGCACGUUCACGUACGGUGGAGCGGCGGGCAAGGUGGGCCAAGAAGCCAGGGGAAUGCGGGAGACUAUCGAGCAUUUUACGGACAAAUUGGAACGGUUGGAGGGCUUAAUGAAGACUACGGAGGGAAAGAGGCUGGCGGCUGACAGAACUCGGCGGCUCAAACUAUUUAAAGAGUGGUGGGAGGAGGAGACGCAGGAGGCACAAGAGGGAUUGAAGGCUGUGUGA